UGUGUUUCUAAACUUGAACGUGCGGCCCUGGUGCUCGCGCGUAACAACCUGUCAAGUCUUUACAUUUCAUAACUACUUAACAGAUUUACAUGAAUUAGCUGGUUAAAGACCAGGGGCUUGUUUGACCAGGAAUGGGAGCCAACAGCAGCACGCGCCGCGUGUCUUUUGAAUCGGAUGAAAAUGAGAACAUAACGAUAGUGAAGGGCAUAAGGCUCUCAGAGAAGGUCAUCGACCGCAUGAGGGAACCCUCAGGCCCACCGAGACCCCAGGCACCCAGCAGAACCCCUCCUGCUUCUCCCCCUGUGGUUGAUCCUCUGCCAGCACUGGUGCCAAUAUCUCCUCCAUCUGACCCUGUUACUUCCCUUCCACCUCCUCCCUUGCCAGAGUGGGUAAAACUCCCUGAGCAAGUGACCACUCCUGCACCUCCUCCUCCUCCUCCUGUAGAGGCAGCACCAGCUGCAUCAGUGGGUGUUGUAUCAACCCCUGCAGAAAGCAUUCCUACCCGUCCUAUCACUAAAACUGCUGCUGAACCUGUCUCUGCUCCACCUGUGGAAAUAACCGCCCCCUCCCCUCCAGCUGAAUUUGACACCCCUGUCGCUUUUGCCGCUGAAACUAUCCCGCACCCUCCUCCGAGUGUAGACGAACCUGUGGCUUCUCCUCCACCACCUCCUGCCGUGGAUGAGUUUGAACUGAGAAGGAAGAUCUCUGAAGAGCUGGAGAAAGGCCUGGGGGAAGAGAGGAGAAAGGCACAAGAGGAACUCAACCAGCGGCUGGAGAAGGAAAGGUCCCGGGCUCAUGCACAGGCCCAAGCAGAAGCUCAAGCCCUGGUAAAGGAUGAGGUGAGCAGAAUCCUUGCAUUAGAGAAAGCCAGUGCAGAGGAGAGCAUCCAGAAGGCCAUACUGAGAGAAAGAUUCACCGCUGAGGAUGAAAGACUACAAACUCAGAUAUAUCAAAUGGAGAGAAAGGCUAGACAGUUGGAGGAGAGGGACAAAGAGCUCCGGAAGCAGGACGCCUUCUACAGAGAGCAAGUGGCCAAGCUGAAGGAAAGGAGUGGCCAGUUCUACAAGGUGUCAAAUGAGAACUAUCACAAGGCAGCAGACGAGGUCAACGCCAAGUUCAAGCGAUAUGAAAUUAGUCCAGUGUGCACUGACCUUCAGGGGCAGAUUCUGAAAUGCUACAGAGAAAAUGCUGGAAAAACUCUGCUGUGCUCCAACAUCGCCUCUCAAUACCUACAGUGUGUCAACAAUGCUAAACAGGACAAGUUGAGGACUGGAGGUUAAGUCUCUGUGCAGGAAGAGAGGAAGACCUGUUUGUAUCUGUGAUCCCACCGUUUAUCGACUGUUGCCAAGGAAAGAAACCACCCGGAGACACACCUGAGCAGAGCUGAACCAGAAUCGGCAGUGAAUUGAGAGAUAGAUAGACACCCUUAAACCUUCCUUCCUUUCCUGUACCUUUCCCCUCAUCACUUUUACCUUCCUCCCACCUUCCUGUUAUUUCUCUUUAAUCCAGUAAGGAGAAAUCACAUUCUGAAAGGGACAGAAUCAGUAAGCAGCGCCGAUCGUAGGUGGAACUCAAACGUUCUGAGCACCUGAACCAAACACGUUUUUGGUUCAAAAAGGAAAGCAUUCAUUGAAAAGAACCGAACUAGACACCAAAUAUUGGCCUCACUAGGCCAGUCUAGACCCGACCGCAACAAAAUCGCAGAACUCUGAAAUCGGAGUUGGUUCUAGAUUUGGUCCGUCUGGCCGGUUAGCGUUUAUUUAUUCAGCCGCCAUACCUGUGAUCCACCUUUCUAAUCCACCACAAUCCUCCAUCACACUCCCCAUUGCACUAGUCACAUCUUCCAGCUGUUCACUGUGUUUUUGCGUGUGAUGUUCAUUAUCUAUUUUUUUGUCUUGUCGUUCACACGAGGGUCAGGUCGAGCCCCUGAUCUGCUUUAAAAAGAAUAAACAAAUCAAACCCUAAA